CUUCCAUUUGCUGCAGCCACUACAGUCAUCCUAAACAGCAUCUCUGAGGUGCUCAUGCGGCUUCAAACUUCCAGUUCUUUGUCGCUGACACUACUGAAUUUGCUGCAAAUCAGUUUUGUGCAGAUUCUCAGCACAGCCAAUGUUUCCAAGAUCGGUCGUUUGCAUUCGAAGUCCAACAAAGCAUUUAUCAUCCCGCGGGAGCCUCUUGUGCCGUUUCAGCGGCAGAGAAUCGUGGUCAGUGUCCUUAUGCGCCUUCGACAUGUGCUUGUCGUGUGGCUGUCCGGCUAGAAUCAAUUUCGAUGACCAAAAUCAUGCUCGGCACUAAUGGGCUGGUCUUUUACUUGUCACCGGAUCUCAGUCGUGCUACAUUGACAAAUCGCCCAUUCACAGACCAUAUAUAUCGCAAUUCGCAUGAAUGUGCUAUGGAUCAAAUGGCCGAACGCCUGAAGCCCUGGACGAGAGGCUCGAUCGUCUGGUUGAAGGAAGCUUCCGGGCCUGUGCUCGAACAAGAACACAUCCAGUGCCAAUCUUCGGCCAAGAAAUGUUACUGCGCUAAAGAAAAAAGCGUGAUGAGAGAGCGUCAACUCCGGCCUUGGAUGUGUGAACUUCACCCGGGGCGAGUCCGCAUUGAGCAAUGUCCAGUGAUAGGCUCCUCUCAAACACACGACACAGGUCAGUCGCAAUGGCUUUCAUCAUCCAAUUCCCAAGAUCAACGGCGCAAGUCGAAUCGUGGCAAGACUAAGGAAUUUGGUAAUGCGACACUUCCGCAGGAUCCUUUCCCUGACUUCGCAGAAACUCUCGAUGAGAUGAGUGAAUAUUUCAGUGUCUACCAAGAGCUGUGCGAGGCUUCAAAUCCGGAAGGACGGUCCACCUCAAAUCCAUCUUCGCAACCGGGUGCAAACAUUGGGCAAUGUUGGCCAAUACUACCUCUUGAUUACGGGUAUUUUUCAGCGGCCUAUAGUGGUGAGACUUCAGCCCUGGCUUCUGACCCAAACGCGCGACCUGCUUAUGAUCCAAGCUUUUUUCCGACUCACGACGCAAACACGCUUACAAGUGCAGCUCUAGAUCCAAACGCGGGAGCCUCUUCCAAUCCAGGCACAUCGUCGUACCCUGAUUAUGUGCGAACUGCGGAAGAUGAAGCAGCUUUUGAUGACUUCUACGACCGAAACAACUGGCCGGCAUCUUGGCGCUGAUGAAAGGCAAAAUUGAACUAUA